AUGAAGUUCAGCAGUGCUGCCACCAUCAUUGCCGCUCUGGCCGGCGGCGCCCUCGCCAUGCACAGCGAGGGUGCCAAGCCCAUGGACAUGGACAUGAAUAUGGCCAGGGACAGCGGCAUGCCCGCCGCCGACAGCAAGCACGACACCGAGACCAUUGCCGGACUGGUGAGGAAGGCCGGCUCCGGCGAGCUCAUGGAGGAGCACGAGAAGCGACAGCUGGACGCCCUCACCAAGCUCCUCGGCGUCAUCAACAAGCGCAUGGAAAAUCGCAUGGAGGUGACCGACAUGGAGAAGCGACAGCUCGGCAAUCUCCUCGGCGACCUAGGCGGCCUCGGCGACCUCGGCGACCUAACCGGCAAAGGCAAGUCGCCGGGCACCGGUGACGAUGCGAAGGGUCCUUUCGGUGAGGACUCCGCCGGCGGUCUCCCCGGCGGCGCUGCUGCCCCCGUCGCUGGUGCCCCCGUCGCUGCUGCCCCCGUCGCUGGUGCCCCGAUCGGCGGUGGCACCGGCGGCAGUGGCCUGACGAAGCGAGGUGGCAAGCCAGGCGGCUCUGGCGCCGGAGGUGGCUUGAACGGUGAUGACGUCUUUGGCGGCGCGGGCACUCGCAACGGCGGAAGUGGCGCCGGAGCUGGCGGCGCUAUCGACGACAACGUCGUUGGCGGCGGCGCGGGCCUCGGCCACAUUUCUCGUCGUGACGACGACUUCUUCCACAAACGCAACACGGCUCCCCGGCCCAUGAGCGACAUGGAAAAGGUCAAGCGACAGCUCGAUGUGCUCACCGGUCUCCUUGGCGGUCUCCUUGGCGGCGGUAAUUCCUAG